GCUACCACUUUCCGCCGCCAUGUUGUUCGCAUCGUCAGAAAAGGCGCGACACAAAACUCAGCUACAAAUCCCAAAGCAGCGGCGCAGUCUUCUGUCAGCGUCCGAGCGAGUUUCGGGAUUGGCUGGGGUGGGAAUGAACACAUCCAAUGGGCAUGCAGCGCGCGCAGAAGUCCGGGGCUGGCAAGCGCUUCCUGCGCAGCGCCUAGGCGACCUGGAGUUUGUGAAGCUGUGAUGGUCUAGAGGCUGGAGAUUCAAGAUCUGGGUGCCAUCAUUUUCUGGUUCUGUUGAUGACCCUCUUCCAGGUUACAUACAGCUUUCAUCUUGCAUCCUCAAGUGUUUUUCUUAUAAGGCUAAAAAUUCACAAAGCAUAUAUCAAUGAAUCAGGAGGAUCUAGAUCCGGAUAGUACUACAGAUGUGGGAGAUGUUACAAAUACUGAAGAAGAACUUAUUAGAGAAUGUGAAGAAAUGUGGAAAGAUAUGGAAGAAUGUCAGAAUAAAUUAUCACUUAUUGGAACUGAAACACUCACCGAUUCAAAUGCUCAGCUAUCAUUGUUAAUUAUGCAAGUAAAAUGUUUAACCGCUGAACUCAGUCAAUGGCAGAAAAAAACACCUGAAACAAUUCCCUUGACUGAAGACGUUCUCAUAACAUUAGGAAAAGAAGAGUUCCAAAAGCUGAGACAAGAUCUUGAAAUGGUACUGUCCACUAUGGAGUCAAAGAAUGAAAAGUUAAAGGAAGACUUAGAAAGGGAACAACGGUGGUUGGAUGAACAGCAACAGAUAAUGGAAUCUCUUAAUGUACUACACAGUGAAUUGAAAAAUAAGGUUGAAACAUUUUCUGAAUCAAGAAUCUUUAAUGAACUGAAAACUAAAAUGCUUAAUAUAAAAGAAUAUAAGGAGAAACUCUUGAGUACCUUGGGCGAGUUUCUAGAAGACCAUUUUCCUCUGCCUGAUAGAAGUGUUAAAAAGAAAAAGAAAAACAUUCAAGAAUCAUCUGUAAACCUGAUAACACUGCAUGAAAUGUUAGAGGAUAUCACACCAGUUCAUUACAUUGAUGACAGUAUGUGACCGGAUCUAGUGAGCAAGAAGUAGCCAACACACUGGACUUAUUGAUGAGACAUUUGCAUGCCAGGGGAUGGGAAAUUAACUAAAAUUCAGGGACCUUCUACCUCAGUAAAAUUUCUAGUGAUCCAGUGGUGUGGGGCCUCUCAAGAUAUUCCUUCUAAGGUGAAGGAUAAGUUGCUGCAUUUGCCCCCUCCUACAACCAAGAAAGAGGGACAACGCCUAGUGGGUCUAUUUGGAUUUUGGAGGCAAUACAUUCCUCAUUCUGGUGUGUUACUCCAGCCCAUUUAUCGAGUGACCUAAAAGGCUGCCAGUUUUGAGUAGGGUCCAGAACAGGAGAAGGCUCUGCAACAGGUCUAGGCUGUUGUGAAAGCUGCUGUGCCACUUGGGCCAUAUUACCUAGCAGAUUCAAUGGUGCUUGAGAUGUCAGUGGCAGAUAGGGAUGCUAUUGGGAGCCUUUAGCAGGCCCCCAUAGGUGAAUCACAGCAGAGGCCUCUAGGAUUUUGGAGCAAGGACCUAUCAUCUUCUGCAGAUAACUACUCUCCUUUUGAGAGACAGUUCUUGGCUGGUUACUGGGCUUUGGUAGAAACUGAAUGUUUGACUAUGGGCCAUCAAGUCACCAUGUAACCUAAACUGCCUGUCAUAAACUCGUGCUUUCUGACCCAUCUAGCCAUAAAGUGGGGCAUGCACAGCGGCAUUCCAUCAUCAAAUGGAAGUGGUAUAUAUGUGAUCAGGCUUGAGCAAGUCCUGAGGGCGCAAGUAAGUUAUGUGAGGAAGUGGCUCAAAUGCCCAUGGUCCCUGCUCCUGCCAUCUAGCUCUCUUUCCCCCAGCCUGCACCAGUGGCCUCAUGGGGAGCUCCCUGUGAACAGUUGAAAAAGGAAGAGAAGACAAGGGCCUGGUUUACAGAUGGUUCUGCAUGAUAUGCAAGCACCACCCAAAAGUGGACAGCUGCAGCACUACAGCUGCUUUCUAGAACAUCCCUGAUGGACAGUGGUGAAGGGAAAUCUUCCCAGUGGGCAGAACUUCGAGCAGUGCACCUGGUUGUGGACUUUGCAUGAAAUGAGAAAUGGCCAGAUGUGCGAUUAUAUACUGAUUCAUGGGCUGUAGCAGAUGAUUUGGCCGGAUGGUCAGGAACUUGGAAGAAGCAUGAUUGGAAAAUCGGUGAUGAAGAAAUUUGGGGAAGAGGUAUGUGGAUGGACCUCUCUUUUUGAGUGGUCAAAAACUAUAUUUGUAUCUCUUAUGAGUGCUCACCAAAGGUGACCUCAGCAGAGGAGGAUUUUAAAAAUCAAGUGGAUCGGGUGACUUAUUCUGUGGACACCACUCAGCGUCUUUCCCCAGCCACCCCUGUCGUCACCCAAUGGGCCCAUGAACAAAGUGGCCAUGGUGGCAGGGAUGGAGGUUACACACGGGCUCAGUAACAUGGACUUCCACUCAUCAAGGCUGACCUGGCUAUGUAUGACCACUGCUGAGUGCCUGAUUUGCCAGCAGCAGAGACCAACACUGAGCCCUUGAUAUGGCACCAUUCCUUGGGGUGAUCAGCCAGCUACUUGGUGGCAGGUUGAUUAUAUUGGACCUCUUCCAUCAUGGAAAGGGCAGCGGUUUGUCCUCACCAGAAUAGACAUUUACUCCAGAUAUGCGUUUGCCUAUCCUGCAUGGAAUGCCUUAUCCACCAUCAUGGUAUUCUGCAUAGCAUUGCCUCUGACCAAGGCACAUACUUUACAGCUAAAGAAGUGCAGCAGUAUGUUCAUGCUCUUGGAAUUCACUGGUCUUCUCCUUAUCAUUUUGAAGCAGCUGGAUUGAUAGAACGGUGGAAUGGCCUUUUGAAGUCACAAUUACAACAUCAACUAGGUGACAAUACUUUGCAGGGCUGGCGCAGAGUUCUCCAGAAGGCUGUGUAUGCUCUGAAUCAGUGUCCAAUAUAUGGUACAGUUUCUCCCAUAGCCAGGAUUCACGGGUCCAGGAAUCAAGGGGUGGAAGUGGAAGUGGCACCACUCACCAUCACCCCUAGUGGCCCAUUAGAAAAAUUUUUGCUUCCUGUUCCUGCAACAUUACGUUCUGCUGGCCUAAAAGUCUUAGGUCCAGAGUGGAGAGUGCUGCCACCAGGACACACAACAAUGAUUCCAUUAAACUGGAAGUUAAUAUUACCACCUGGACACUUUGAGCUCCUCCUACCUUUAAGUCAACAGGCUAAGAAGGGAGUUACAGUGUUGCCUGGGGUGAUUGGCUUGGACUAUCAAGAUGAAAUCAGUCUACUACUCAUCUUGAAAUCAGUCUACUCUUCCUUACCUGAUGGAGGUAAGGAAGAUUAUGCAUGGAAUACAGGAAAUCCUUUAGGGCCUCUCUUAGUAUUACCAUGCCCAGUGAUUAAGGUCAAUGGGAAACUACAACAACCCAAUCCAAGCAGGACUAAAAAUGACCCAUACCCCUCCGGAAUGAAGGUUUGGGUCACUCUACCAGGUACAAAACCACAACCUGCUGAGGUGCUUGCUGAAGAGACACAGGAAAUACAGAAUGGGUAGUAGAACAAGGUUGUCAUCAGUACCGACUAUGACCACCAUUACCAGUUGCAGAAAUGAGAACUGUAAUUCUCAUGAGUAUUUCCUCCUUAUUUUGUUAAGAACAUGUUUAUGCAUGUAUACAGUUUGUCUAAGAAAAUAUCUUCAUUUUCCUUUUUCCUUUAUCAUGUGACAUAAAAUUUAUUGACUUCAUAUCAGCAUUUAAGUGGUAACUUUAUGUAAUAGCAUUUAGUUUAAGGAUUAAUGUGCUUCCAGCUUUACAAAGGAUAGGGAUAGCUGUAUUAUGUUAGGCAUAAUUAUGACCUUAUUAUUGUCUUUAUUUGAAGAUUAUGUAUGAUUUCAGGAGAUGUAUAUGUGUUCAAGUUGACAAAAGGUAGACUUCUGAUGGUUAAUAUUGAGUGUCAACUUGAUUGGAUUGAAGGAUGCAAAGUAUUGUUCCUGGCUGUGUUGUGAGGGUGUUGCCAAAGGAGAUUAACAUUUGAGUCAGCGGACUGGGAGAGGAGGACCCACCCUCAAGCUGGGUGGGCACAAUCUAAUCAGCUGCCAGCAUGGCUAGAAUAAAAGCAGGCAGAAGAACAUGGAAGUACUGGACUGGCUGAGUCUUCCAGCCUCAUCUUUCUCCUGUGCUGGAUGCUUCCUGCCCUCAAACAUCAGACUCCAAGUUCUUCAGCUUUUGGACUCUUGGACCUACACCAGUAGUUUGCCAGAGGCCCUUGGACCUUUGGUCAAAGGCUGAAGGCUGCACUGUUGGCUUCGCUACUUUUGAGGUUUUGGGACUUCAACUGGCUUCCUUGCUUCUCAGCUUGCAGAUGGCCUAUUGUGGAAUUUCACCUUAUGAUCGUGUGAGUCAAUACUCCUUAAUAAACUCUCCUUCAUAUAUACAGCUA